AUGUCGCAGUCCAAGCCGGUUCAAAUCGUCCUUUGUUUUGAUGGGACGGGGAAUACCUUUCGUGCUGAUGGCACGGAGACCAAUAUUUUGAAGAUCUGUCGCAUGUUACAGAGAACAGAUGAACAAUGUCAGUUUGAUGGAUUGUCUUCCUUUACACCUGGCAUCGGAACUGAAAUCACACCGGGUUCCUUAGCAGCAAAGACGCUGAAGAAAAGCAGCCAUCUAGGAAAGAGCAAGACAAUCAGCCAGGCCUUGGGAGAGUCAUUUGACCAGCACGUCCUGGGUGGCUACAGGUUUUUAAUGCGACACUACCGGGGAGAUGGAAAUAUUUUUAUUUUCGGCUUCUCUCGUGGAGCCUAUACCGCUCGAUUUCUCGCAGAGAUGCUCGACUACGCUGGGCUACUGGGCCCGGAUAACGAGGAGAUGGUCCCAUUCAUAUGGGAAGCCUUUUCCCAAUGGAAAUUAACGCGAUACGAGGGAACCGAGAAAAGGAAACAGGCGACAGACUUUUUGAAUAACUGCCGAGAGACGCUGUGUCGCCCAGUCACUAGGGUGAAAUUCCUAGGUCUCUUUGAUACCGUCAAUAGCAUUGCUGAUUUCGAAAUCAACAAUGACACGAUGCCGACCGCUCGCGUGAUCAGACAUGCGGUUAGCAUUGAUGAACGCAGAGUCAAGUUUCAGCCGGUAUUGCUGGAUUCAGGCGCGAAGAAAAGCAAUGCGGCAGGUAGCCGAAGUACCACAUACAAAGAGCGGCUGGAUCCUGUCAAAACCGAGCCGCUAGUUGUACCCGGUGUCCCCCAAUCUGUGGAUGAUUCCGAUAGCGAUGAUGGCGAUGUUAAUGAAAAGCGCUCCGCAAUCCGAGGGUCAAAGCAGAAACCCGACGAUGGAAGUCAGGACUUGCAAGAACUUUGGUUCCCGGGUGGACAUGCAGACAUUGGCGGUGGAUUUCAACGCGAGACAGACGAGGAGUUCCAGCUCAGCCACGCUCCACUUGUUUGGAUGGUCCAGGAGGCCCAGCGCGCGGGCAUUGAAUUUGACCAGGAAAAGCUGUACAAAUACAAAUGCUUAGAGCACUGGGAAGAAGACCCUUCGGCAAGCACUCACUUCCGCGAAGCGCUUCGACAGUCAAGCACGGAAGGCCUACUGCACGAUCGUAUCGGGUUUGGGGAGGGCGUAUCGCCUCUCUCCGUUCUGGCGUGGCGGUUGAUGGAAUAUCUUCCCAUCCGUCGGUCAGAUAUGCAGCCUGAUGGUUCGUGGAAAAUGGUUUCCUGGCCACUACAUCGUGGCCAGGCCAGAGAUAUUCCCCUCCACGCUCAUAUUCACGCAUCGGCAGUUCAUCGCUUGCAAUCGAACACGGAGUACCGCCCGGCAAACAUGAUUAUCGGGGGUGGUGGCAGAGGUGUAAAGGAAGUUGGCGCUGAGUAUGGUAUUGGGGAGUGGGAGAUCAUUCGGCAUGGAGGAGAUCCAACUCGUGAAACGUAUAUUCGGAAAGGAUGCAGAGAUUCUUGUCAUUUUUAG